AUGUCCACCCAGAGAUUCUUCGCCAAGGGCAAGGCUGCCGAGACCUACGAGUCCGACCAGGGCUCCAACACCAAAGCCGAUUCGCAGCAGGCGAAAAUAGCCGGCGCUUCCGAGGGCACUACCGAGCAGAAGGGCAAGGGCAAGGGCAAAACUGCCGCUACAACCACGGAGUCCAACCAGAACACCUCAGACAACGGCGACAAUGGCGACGACGAGAAUGAUUCUGGCGGCUAUAUCUGCCCUCACUGCGGCAAGAAGUACGCGCAUGAGCACAAUCUCAAGCGCCACAUUCACAUCAACCACGGCAAGGGCGACAAGCCAUUCGCCUGCCCUGCCUGCGCGCACACUUCCGCCCGCAAAGACAACCUCAAGAAACACAUGAAGCUGAUGCACGGCGCAGACUGGGGUCAGGUUAUCUACGACGCUGCUGCGGGCAUCAGCUCUGAUGAGUCUUCGGAUGAGAACGGCGAGGCUUCUGGCACAGGCGGAUGA